CAAUUGUCUGCCUUUCAACGCGUCAAAGAAACAAGAAACUACCGGAACCAAACCCAAAAGAAGCACCGUUACCAAGACGGACUCUGCCUAUUCGUGGAUUCCAUAGACAGAGAGUCACGCCAAUUUCGUCUCGACAGCCUCUUCUUCAAGCGCUCGCCUUUUGUUGGGCAUUCCUCGGGAUUUCAGUCUCUCUGUAAUUCCACUCCAUGGCCACGAUCGGACACAACAAUCUCAAUGCGAAGCUGGUUCUGCUCGGCGACAUGGGCGCCGGGAAAUCCAGCCUCGUCUUGCGCUUUGUCAAGGGCCAGUUCCUUGAAUUCCAGGAAUCAACCAUAGGAGCAGCAUUCUUCUCGCAAACACUGGCAGUGAAUGACGCAACCGUGAAGUUUGAGAUAUGGGACACGGCAGGACAAGAGAGGUACCAUAGCUUGGCUCCCAUGUAUUAUAGAGGUGCUGCUGCUGCCAUCAUCGUCUACGAUAUCACCACCACAGAGUCAUUUGCACGGGCUAAGAAGUGGGUGCAAGAGCUCCAGAAGCAAGGAAAUCCUAACAUGGUUGUGGCUCUUGCCGGGAAUAAAGCUGAUUUGGAAGAUAAGAGGAAAGUGACAGCUGAAGAGGCACGUGUAUAUGCUGAGGAAAAUGGACUCUUUUUCGUUGAGACCUCUGCCAAAACUGCUGUCAAUGUCAAUGACAUAUUUUACGAAAUAGCAAAAAGGUUGCCUAGGGUUCAGCCUACUCAGAAUCCGGCAGGAAUGGUUCUUGUGGACAGACCUGCAGAAGGAUCCAAGCUGCAUCAUGCUGUUCAUGAAGUACUCAGACAUCAGUUCUAGGUCUGUCCUUUCUGUUCUUGGGUCUGCAGGUCUGUAUGUAAUGUGCUUGAUCUGGAAAUUAAUUAAAUGGCACUGUAUUUUGGAAGUGAACCAAGUAUAAUGAUGCAUUUAAAGAAACACAAUUGGAUGAUAGAAUAUAUGAUCUGAAAUUUGUACACUGCCAUUUGGUGGAUGAUAGAAUAUAGUUGUUGACAAAAGUUUUCCACUU